GCUGCGGCAACGUGCACCAGCUCCACUCUGACCCCGGAGUUAAUCUGCAUUCAGACCGAGGCUCCGCUGCUUUUCUCCGCUGCCUGAUAUUAGAGCCGGCUCAUUACGUGGAGGGGGGCUCCGUCGUCUGUAGAAGGUUUUUUCAGGGCCCUGCUCGGCUCUAGAUACAGAACAAGGAACAACAAAAAAAAGCCGAUCGAUGCCAAAUCAAGCCUUCGACUAGCAUCGCUUGUGUUUUGGCUGAUUUCAUCCCCACCGCGCGUCCGCCUCGGGUCUAGAUCUGCAGACCCGCCGCUGCAUACGAGCACAAUGUAUCGUUGAGAGGAAACACAGUGAAUAGACGGACAUCUGCACGAAAGAGAGAGACACACUCAGAGAGAGCGAGAGAGAGAGAGAGCGCGCGAGAGGGCGAGAGAGCGAGCGAGAGAGAGGAAACGAAGAUGGUGAUGAUGGCUUCACCCAGUUUAGCCUCCAAAUGCUCGGCAGCAAUGGCGAAGCCUUCCCUGCCCCUGAAGCUGCUUCUCUGGGUGUUUAUUGCCGUUAAUCUCCCCGCAAGCUCCAUCCAGAAUGAGGACGACGAUGAGGCGACUAACAAGACGUGGGUGCUGACUCCCAAAGUGUUUGAGAGUGACGUCACACACAUCCUAAAUAGCCUGCUAGAUGGUUACGACAACAAACUCCGACCCGACAUCGGAGUCAAACCGACAGUGAUCCACACAGACAUGUUCGUCAACAGCAUCGGCCCGGUAAAUGCCAUCAAUAUGGAAUACACCAUCGACAUCUUCUUCGCCCAGACCUGGUACGACAGGAGGCUGAAAUUCAACAGCACGAUGAAGGUGCUGCGUCUCAACAGCAACAUGGUCGGGAAGAUCUGGAUCCCCGAUACGUUUUUCCGCAACUCGAAGAAGGCCGACGCCCACUGGAUCACCACGCCCAAUCGCAUGCUCCGGAUCUGGAACGAUGGUCGAAUACUCUACACCCUCAGGUUGACCAUCGACGCCGAGUGCCAACUUAAACUGAACAACUUCCCCAUGGAUGAGCACUCAUGUCCCCUGGAGUUUUCAAGCUACGGCUACCCCAGGGAGGAGAUUGUGUACAAGUGGAAACGGAGCUCGGUGGAGGUUGGGGACAUUCGCUCCUGGAGGCUGUACCAGUUCUCCUUCGUGGGCCUGAGGAACACCUCUGAGAUCGUCAGGACCGUGUCAGGAGACUACGUGGUGCUGACCGUCUUCUUUGACCUGAGCAGGAGGAUGGGAUACUUCACCAUCCAGACCUACAUCCCCUGCACCCUGAUCGUUGUCCUCUCCUGGGUCUCAUUCUGGAUCAACAAGGAUGCAGUCCCUGCCCGGACGUCAUUAGGCAUCACCACGGUGCUGACCAUGACCACGCUGAGUACCAUUGCCAGGAAGUCCCUUCCGAAAGUGUCCUAUGUGACCGCCAUGGACCUGUUCGUGUCCGUGUGCUUCAUCUUCGUCUUCGCCGCGCUCAUAGAGUACGGCACGCUGCACUACUUCGUCAGCAACAGGAAGCCGAGCGCCAAAAAGGACAGGAAGAAGAAAAACCCGCUCCUCCGGCUAUUUUCCUCAAAGCAGACACCCACGGUCGACAUCCGUCCACGCUCCGCCACGGCCAUCCAAAUGAACAACGCCACGCACAUGCACGAGCGAGACGAGGAGUACGGCUACGAGUGCUUGGACGGGAAGGACUGCACCAGCUUCUUCUGCUGCUUCGAGGACUGCCGCUCCGGAGCCUGGCGGCACGGCAGGUUGCAUAUCCACGUCGCCAAGAUAGACUCGUACGCACGCAUCUUCUUCCCCACCGCGUUCGGUCUCUUCAACCUGGUCUACUGGGUCUCCUAUCUCUAUCUCUAGGCCCUGGUGUGCGACCGGCCUCAUCAUACACUUCAUUAUAUUCUACACAUGCUCAGCGCCAGCAAGGGACAUUUUUUGAGAAGGGGACCCCACUGAAACACCCAAUGAAUUGAUUUCGAGCUUUUCUUUUAAUUCCCUGGUUUUAAUCUCUUUGCAAAAGUGAAAAGUUAUUUUUGACUUUAACAGACAUUGCAAAUGUUGUAGCAUUACAUCUUACUGGCAUGGAGAGGUGUGUAGAUGUGUUUUGAAAAUAUUGAUUGUGUGAGCAAUUCAGAAUCUACGUUUUUUUGUGACUUUUUUUAAUUUAAAUUUCCUUUUUAUUUCUUUAAAUUGGUAUGAAUUGAUUACUUUAAUAAAAAAACAUUCCUUCAACAAUAAACAAUUAAAAUAAAUAGUAAAUCAGGCCACAUCAAUCACCCAUCAGAGAAAUAUGAAUUAUAUUAUGUAUGUCUUAUCCCAAUUUUUUUUACAUUCUAAAACACUGAAUCUGAAGCACUUUAAUAGAGCUAUGUUAGGCAGUGACAUUGAAAUCCAUUUUGGUAAUGCUAAUUUAUUCUUUAAUUUAUUUAGCUAACAUAUUAGCACAAUUAAAAAUGGCAUUUUUUCCCGUGUGGUCAGGCAGCACGGAUGCUGUUUAAAUGCUUAACUGUACAGACACUGUAUUUUACAAUUACAUAGUGGUUUACAUUUAUUGCAUGCACAUUUCAGACCAAAAAAUCUACAUGUUUUAUGGUCUUCUACUGUUGGAUAUGGAAACUAAUAAACGAGCACUGUUGAUUAUCAUUCAGGACUUAAUUAUACAUUUUUCUAGAAAAAUUCAGAAAAUCUAAUGAUUUAAAAAAUAUAUAAUAUGUGCCCACUUCAUGCUUUUGAUUUGAGGAAUCAUUUUUGCAUACAAGUGGGAAGAUCAGUCCAGAAAACAGGUUUAAUCUUUUUUCUCCGCGGCCGCUCGGUUACAGUACAGACAGAACUGACCUCCGAUCCUCUCCUCCACUCGCUGUUAAAAGAGUGCAUUUACAUAAUCACACACUGCUGUUGUAUUUCGGUUAUGCAAACCUUUACAAAAGAAGCUGCUCUAAAGCAAGGGAGGUUAUAAAACCGUUUUGCCCCCGGAGGUCAGCAGCGGUAUGUUAACAGUGGUGGAGAUGUUGCAUCAUAUAGAAAUUAUUCAGGCUAAUCUACAAAUGUGACCACAGAUAGAUUUAAGGUUUUUUUUUUUUUUUAAAUCUCCACAUCAGAACAGUGUUCGUUCUUCUAAGAUGAGAAACAAACAAAAAAAAAGAGACAAAAUGAAUUGCUAAUAAAUCCACUUGAGAUCUUCAUUCAAGUAUAAAGUGGAUCUGAUUGUACCGAGCUCAACAGACGUGUAGGCAUUAGUCUCAAGCCUCCCACUUCCUGUCCCUUUGAAAACACACUGAGGAUUGGAAUUAUCACAAUCUGAGGAAAUCCAUUCACUGGUUGGGCUGACGUUCUGUAUUUUCCUUUUUUAUUUCAUUUUUUACUUUUCCCUUGAAAUGUCUUUGGAAUGCUGUGUUACAGAGCAGAGGACACAGCAGAGGCAUCUGAAUUGUAAAUGUUGUGUAUGAUACGAUACAACGCACAUGAGUAAGCACCCCCCCCCCUCACAGAGAACUUUUGAUAAGACACCAGUAUGCAACAGGUGGAGACAAUGCUGGAGUAUGAUUUGUAAACUUCAUGAGGAACGGGAUGUGUAAAUCAGAUUUGUUCUUUUUGUACAUAGAUUAUAAACAGAAGAAAAACAUUUGUCGGGCCCUUGGGAUUUUGUAAAAGGGAAAUAUAUUUUGUAAUUACAGCAUAGUUACAGUAUAUCAUCAUACAGUAUAUUAGACUUAUUGUAUUUUGCUGGACUGACCAUGUAGAAUACUUAGGGGGUAAUGGGGGUAUUUAUUUAUUUAUUUAAUUAUCCAUUGAUGGUAUUUAUUUAUUCUGUUCAAAAGAAAAUGUAUGUUAUGUUCAUAUAGCCCCUGAAAAAGAAACACAGAAUGCUGUCAUCUAUAUCAAAGAUUACAUUUCCGUUCUAUGUGUCAGUGGAGCUUGAGCUUAUUUAUCUUGUGUUUUCUAUGUUGUGAUCAAUGUGCACUACUCUCACUCACUGCCUGUCAAACUGUUCUAUCUGUUGAGUUUAGCGAGUUGCAACAUUACCUGUAGUGCAGCCUCCCGAGUACUAGACUUCAAUAUUUUUCAGGGGGGUUAAAGAAAAGAAAACACAAAAAAAAAGUUCCCACGCCACAAGAAGGAGAAGUGACGAGUCAUUAUUUCCACCACCCCCCACCACAUGGGCUGUCAUCGGCCUCUGAUAUUCCCCAUCAUUAAUUAAGCAUCAGUGAUGACACUGAUUGCAUUUUAGCAGAUUAUCUCAGAUUUCCUGCCGUUCUCUCCCUUUCUGUAUUAGGCGGUGGUCCUGUUUGUGUUCCGAUCUGCCAGCGUGCACACACCCUCACACCUGUAGGACCGUGAGUCGGUCGAUAGCCACGUAGACAGGGCGUCGUCAGUGUUCAGUAGAUUCAAAAAAGUGUAACGGAGUGAUUACAUCUUGUAAAAGUGCCAAACUGACACAUGCAAUAGAGAAUAUAUCAGAUUAUUAUAUAACGUCUGUGAGUCAGGUGAGCGUUUUCCUCAAGGAAUUGCUCAACAGCCACACCGAUGUUCCCUCAGAAGCGGAUUUGCAGAUGCUCUUUAUUUUUUUUCAAAUGGUAAAAAGUGUCCCAUUCAAACUGUACCUGUCUCUAUUUACAAACCUAUCAUAACGAUGACAGAGCAUGUUUUGGUGUUUUCACAGUGAUGCAGAAAACAAAUAUGAUUUAUUUUCCAUGAAGGUUGAAGCCUGUUUUAUGAUAUGUUAAUUCUAGUUUCAAGUUUCAAGGAAUGAAGGUACAGGGGAAUGUUUGAGUUCAGCGGUUUGCAUGUGGAACGAGCUUUCAGUCGACCAGGGACGUCUCUGAGGAAUCUGGACUCAAGCAUCACGUCAUCUUAUCCUUCUCCUGCAUCGAUUUUAUCAUUUUGGAAAAUAUUUAUUUUGGGACCCACAAAUGAGAGACAUAUAUGUGAACAGCACAUGUAGAUAUUUUCUAUUGUUAUGUAUUUUGUCAAAAUGCAGAACAAAAAAGAACACAAAAAAAACCACGCUGGAAUUACAGAACUUAGUAAAAAGGUAUCCAAGAGCAAACUCAUUUCAUAUGAUUCUCCUUCAUACAAUAUGUUAGUCGUUUGCCAUCUAUGUACAUUUGAGUAUUGUAUAAAAGGGGCACUGAUGAAUUCUGUUUGGGGCUGCAUAAUAUCCUAUACAUGUACUGGAAAAACAUCCUUUUCAUAAGGGAAUUGCACAUAGCUGUGGAAUUUUACAAUAAAAUG